AUGGCAUUCAAGAAGUUCAUAAUCAGAAGCUACGAGGGUCACUCUGAUAGAGCUAAGGUAGAAGAUCUUGAAAGAAGAUGCAAGGUAGGACCAUCAGAAAGCGUGUUAGACACUAUGGGUGACCCCAUGUGUAGGAUUCGAAACAGUCCCAUCUAUAUAAUGCUGGUGGCAGAGAUGGAGAAUGAACUGGUUGGUGUCAUUCAAGGCUUAAUAAAAAUGGUGACAGUUCAUAGUCAUCCUCCAAAGGAUAUGGCAAAGGUGGGGUAUGUCUUAGGCCUCAGAGUUUCUCCUCACAGCAGAAGAAAUGGCGUUGGCUCAAGUCUUGUGGAAAGACUAGAAGAAUGGUUCAGUUCCAAUGAUGUGGAAUAUGCAUACAUGGCCACAGAGAAAGAAAAUCACGCCUCAAUGAACCUCUUCAUGGAGAAGUUUUGCUACACCAAGUUUAGGACUCCAACUAUACUCAUAAACCCAGUGAAUAAUCAUCUGUUUGAAAUCUCAUCCGACAUUGAGAUAGCUAUGGUGAAGGUUGAAGAGGCUGAAUCCCUUUAUAGAAGAUUCAUGGGAUCCACUGAGUUCUUCCCUAGUGACAUAGAGAAUAUACUAAGGAACAAGCUGAACCUGGGAACUUGGGUGGCUUAUUUGAAAGGGGAUAGUGAUUUUGGUUUAGAUGGAAAAGUUCCGAAUAGUUGGGCUAUGGUUAGUGUUUGGAACUGUGGGGAAAUCUUCAAGCUGAAGAUAGGGAAAGCACCUUUGUCUUGCAUGUUAUUGACAAAGGGUUGGGGGUUGAUUGGUAGAAUGUUCCCAUGCAUGAAAUUGCCAACCUUGCCUAAUUUCUUUAGUCCUUUUGGGUUCUACUUCAUGUAUGGUGUGUAUCAAGAAGGGCCAUUCUCUGGAAAGUUGAUUAGGGGAUUGUGUAAGUUUGUGCAUAACAUGGCUUCUAGGAGUGAACACUGCAAGAUCAUUGUGACAGAAAUUGGAGGAAGAGAUGAUCUGAUUCAUCAUAUUCCACAUUGGAAAUUGCUUUCAUGCGAGGACUUGUGGUGCAUAAAGGCUUUGAACAAUCAAGGAACUAACAAGUUUCAUGAAUUCAGCAACACUCAGCCACCAAGAACUCUCUUUGUAGACCCACGAGAAGUCUAAACUAUGUCUUCUCAUAGAUAUAAACAUAUCUUCCCUCGUUUACUUCAACUUUUUUUUUUUUUUCUUUAUUCCUCAAACAGUCUACCUUUCCACAUGAGUUUUUUAGAAACAGAAUAACUAAGAGAUAGAAACGAAAUG